CCGGUUUCUUUUCUUCCCUUUAUUUUUUCCGGGGUUAUUCUUUUUGAAUUUGGAGGAGAUCAUAAAACAUAUCGUACGCACUCAGCCGAGCCGAGGGGCUCCUUGUUUUUGUCAUUUUAUUUCCUGUUCCCGCCGGCACUCGGCGGAGAAAGAAAAAGGAAGAAGGAAUCACAGAGGAAGAAAGGAAGCGACGGAGAAGCACUACUUCGGCGGCCGCCAGACCGCAUUGCCGGAAAUCGAUACGGGGCAGCAGUUUUUUUUGUGUGUGUAGAUUGUUAGAAAGGAUACACAAUGUCCGAAGAGGAGAAAUUGUUGAAAGAGGCGAAGAAAUUGCCUUGGGAAGAUCGGUUGUUGCACAAGAACUGGAAAGUGCGUAACGAAGCCAACAUCGACUUGGCUGCCCUUUGCGAUUCCAUCACCGAUCCAAAGGACCCCCGGUUACGAGAAUUCGGCCCGUUGUUCAGGAAAACUGUGGCGGAUUCAAAUGCACCUGUGCAAGAGAAAGCACUCGAUGCGUUGAUAGCUUUUCAACGAGCUGUAGAUGCUGAUGCUGGAAGGUUCGCGAAGGAGGUAUGUGAUGCAAUUGCUGCAAAGUGUCUUACUGGUCGGCCAAAGACAGUGGAGAAGGCACAGGCAGCAUUCAUGCUUUGGGUAGAGCUGGAGGCAGUGGACGUUUUUCUGGAUGUAAUGGAGAAAGCUAUCAAGAACAAAGUUUCUAAAGCUGUUGUGCCUGCAAUUGAUGUUAUGUUUCAAGCUUUAAGUGAGUUUGGCGCCAAAGUUAUUCCACCAAAGCGGAUUUUGAAGAUGCUGCCAGAAUUAUUUGAUCAUCAGGAUCAAAAUGUUAGGGCUUGCUCAAAAGGACUUACCCUUGAGCUUUGUCGAUGGAUUGGCAAAGACCCCGUGAAGUCAAUAUUGUUGGAGAAGAUGCGUGAUACUAUGAAAAAAGAGCUGGAGGCCGAGCUCGCUAACGUUUCUGGGGCUGCUAAGCCAUCUCGCAAAAUCAGGUGUAUUAGCUGCCUAUUCUAGAGUCAAGUUCGUGCUCUUUAUACCAUGGAUCUGAGCAAGACAAGGAGCCAGAGCCGGAAAGUGUAGCAGAAGCUGUCGGUCCUAGUCAAUCUGAAGAAUCUGUGGCUGAUGUGCCCCAGGAAAUCGAUGAAUAUGAGCUUAUUGAUCCUGUUGAUAUUUUGACUCCUCUAGAAAAGUCAGCCUUUUGGGAUGGCGUGAAAGCUACCAAAUGGUCAGAAAGAAAAGAGGCUGUGGGAGAGCUGACCAAGCUGGCUUCGACAAGGAGGAUAGCGCCUGGUGAUUUUUCUGAAGUUUGCCGGACAUUGAAGAAGCUUAUUACGGAUGUGAACAUAGCUGUUGGAGUUGAGGCAGUCCAAGCAAUCGGAAAUCUUGCAAGGGGUCUCAGGACACACUUCUCUGCAAGUUCUCGGUUCUUGUUGCCCGUGUUACUUGAAAAAUUGAAAGAGAAGAAGCCUACAAUGGCCGAGGCACUGACACAAACACUGCAAGCUAUGCAUAAGGCAGGAUGCUUAAAUCUUGUAGACAUUGUUGAUGAGAUUAAGACAGCAACCAAAAAUAAAGUUCCCCUAGUGCGUUCAUUAACUUUGAAUUGGGUGACAUUUUGCAUUGAAACGAGCAGCAAGGCUGUUGUUUUGAAGGCACAUAAGGAUUAUGUGCCCAUUUGUAUGGAGUGUCUCAAUGAUGGGACCCCUGAAGUGAGGGAUUCAGCAUUUGCAGCUUUGGCAGCAAUAGCUAAGUCGGUUGGUAUGAGGCCCUUGGAGAGGUCGCUGGAGAAACUGGACGAUGUUAGGAAAAAGAAGCUUUCUGAAAUGAUUGCAGGUUCAGGAAGUGGUGCCACAGCUGUUACAAGCUCAGAUACCGGUCAAGCUGUUGGCAGUAUUGCAUCUUCUGCUGAGACCACCGGGGGUUCUUUUGUGAGGAAGUCCGCAGCUAGCAUGCUUAGUGGGAAGAGGCCUGCUGCAGCUGCUCCUGCCAACAACAAAAAGCCUGGGUCUGCAAAGGUUGGUACCACUAAGAAAGGCGAUGGAGCUGGCCGUGCUGACGCUUCGAAGAUUGAACCACCUGAGGAUGUUGAACCAGCAGAGAUGGGUCUUGAAGAGAUAGAGAGCAGAUUAGGUUCUCUUGUGCAAGCUGAGACCAUUACUCUGUUGAAAAGCACUGUGUGGAAAGAACGGCUUGAAGCAAUGUCCUCAUUGCGACAACAAAUUGAGGGCUUACAGGAUCUUGAUCAGUCAGUGGAAAUUUUGACACGUUUAGUCUGUGUCCUUCCUGGUUGGAGUGAAAAAAAUGUUCAGGUCCAGCAGCAGGUUAUUGAAGUUGUCACCCAUCUAGCUUCAACAGCAAAAAAAUUCCCGAAGAAAUGUGUCGUACUCUGUAUACUGGGCAUAGGUGAACGGGUAGCUGAUAUUAAGACCAGAGCACAGGCUAUGAAGUGUCUUACCACUUUCUCAGAAGCUGUUGGUCCUGGAUUUGUUUUUGAACGACUUUACAAAAUCAUGAAAGAACACAAGAAUCCUAAGGUUCUUAGUGAGGGGAUAUUGUGGAUGGUCUCAGCAGUUGAGGACUUCGGUGUGUCACUCUUAAAGCUUAAGGACUUGAUUGAUUUCUGUAAAGAUAUUGGGCUGCAGUCAAGUGUUGCUGCCAGCAGAAAUGCCACAAUCAAGCUUUUAGGUGUUUUGCACAAGUUCGUUGGUCCAGAUAUCAAGGGUUUUCUGGCGGAUGUCAAACCUGCUUUGCUUAGUACACUCGAUGCAGAGUAUGAGAAAAAUCCUUUUGAGGGUGCUGCUGCAGCUCCUAAGAGGACAGUCAAGGCAUCUGAAGCCACAGCCGCUCCAUCUUCUGGUGGAUUGGAUGGCUUGCCUCGUGAAGACAUUAGUGGAAAAAUAACGCCUACUCUUCUGAAAGGCUUUGAAAGUCCUGAUUGGAAGAUCCGAUUAGAGUCUAUUGAAGCUGUUAAUAAGAUUUUGGAGGAGGCUAAUAAGCGCAUUCAACCAAUGGGAACUGGUGAUCUGUUUGGUGCUCUUAGAGGUCGUCUAUAUGACAGCAAUAAGAAUCUGAUCAUGACAGCUUUGGCAACAAUUGGUGGUGUUGCUUCUGCUAUGGGUCCUGCUGUGGAGAAGUCCAGCAAGGGCAUUCUCUCGGAUAUUUUGAAAUGUCUUGGCGAUAAUAAGAAACAUAUGAGAGAAUGUACAUUGGCUACACUGGAUUCCUGGGUUUCUGCUGUUCAUUUUGAUAAAAUGGUUCCAUACAUCGCAACUGCUUUGGUUGAAAAUAAGCUUGGUGCUGAAGGGCGCAAGGAUCUCUUUGAUUGGUGCUCAAAACAGUUGUCUGGCUUGAGUGAUUUUUCCGAUGCUGUGCAUCUCUUGAAACCAGUUGGUUCCGCAAUGACGGACAAGUCGGCCGAUGUUCGAAAGGCUGCAGAAGCAUGCAUCAUCGAGGUUGUGAGAGUCUGUGGAACAGAGACUAUUGAGAAGCAUCUGAGGGACAUUCAGGGGCCAGCAUUAGCUAUUAUUAUGGAGCGUAUUAGACCUGAUUCUUCCUUUCAAGCAGAGCCGUUUGAUUCGGCAAAAGCAAUGCCAUCUGUCCCGGCAUCUAGGGCUAGCACAAAGGUCGGAAGAUCAGCUGCUAAUGGCGUCUCAAAGCAUGCAAACAAAGCAGUUUCCUCUAGAAUUGCACCAGCUAAGGGUUCGAGGGUAGAUCCAGUCUUGGCUGCUCAUGACAGGGCUGUACAAUCACAGGCAUUAUUGAAUGUUAAAGACUCGAACAAGGAUGAGAGAGAGAGAAUUGUGGUCAAACGGUUUAAGUUUGAAGAACCUCGUCUGGAACAGAUUCAAGAACUUGAGGUUGAUAUGAAUAGAUAUUUUAGAGAGGACUUGCACAGACGGCUCCUUAGUACAGAUUUUAAGAAACAGGUUGAUGGACUUGACCUGCUACAGAAGGCACUUCCAUCCAUAAAGAAAGAAGUUAUCGAGGUUUUGGAUAUAUUGUUGAGGUGGUUUGUCUUGCAGUUUUGCAAGUCUAACACAACGUGCAUGUUGAAGGUUCUCGAAGUCCUCCCUGAACUUUUUGAGAUGCUUCAGAAUGAAGGAUACAAUUUAACUGAAGCAGAAGCAGCAAUAUUCCUUCCAUGCUUGUCAGAAAAGUUGGGGCAUAACAUCGAGAAAGUCAGAGAAAAGAUGCGUGAACUUGCCAAGCAGAUAAUUCAAGCGUACUCUGCAGCGAAAACUUUCCCAUAUAUCUUGGAGGGUCUGCGCUCAAAAAAUAACCGUACUCGCAUAGAGUGUGCAGACCUGGUGGGGUUCUUAAUAGAACAUCAUGGGACAGAGAUUGGUGGGCAGUUAAAAUCCCUCCAAGUGGUUGCCAGCUUGACAGCUGAAAGGGACGGUGAAACUCGGAAAGCUGCUCUAAAUGCUCUAGCCACUGGAUACAAAUACCUUGGUGAGGACAUAUGGAGAUUUGUUGGCAAGCUAACAGAAGCCCAAAAGAGUAUGUUGGAUGAUAGAUUUAAGUGGAAGGUCCGCGAGAUGGAGAAACGGAGGGAAGGACGUCCAGGUGAUGCUAGAGCUGCUUUGAGAAGAUCUGUUAGGGAAAAUGGGGCUGAGGUGGCGGAGCAGAGUGGAGAAGUAUCACAGUCUAUACCUGGUCCAGCACUUAUAAGGAAAAAUUAUGGUGUGCACGAUCAAAUGGAAAGACAUAUAAUUCCCUCUGCACUUGCUGGCGCAAACAGCCCAUCUGACUGGAAUGAAGCUGUUGACAUAAUUGCCUUUGGCUCUCCAGAGCAGUCAGUGGAAGGAAUGAAAGUUGUGUGCCAUGAGUUGGCACAGGCUACUGCUGAUCCUGAGGGCAGUACGAUGGAUGAAUUGGUGAAGGAUGCUGAUAGACUGGUUUCUUGUUUAGCGAACAAGGUUGCCAAGACUUUUGAUUUCAGUUUGACAGGAGCCUCAUCGAGGUCUUGUAAAUAUGUCCUGAACACCCUCAUGCAGACUUUUCAAAACAGGAGGCUUGCACAUGCUGUUAAGGAAAGCACAAUUGACAGUCUCAUAACAGAACUUCUACUUUGGCUUCUAGAUGAGAGGGUGCCUCAUAUGGAUGAUGGUAGCCAGCUUCUGAAAGCUCUAAAUGUGCUGAUGCUAAAGAUUCUGGAUAAUGCAGAUAGGACAUCUUCAUUUGCUGUUCUGAUCAAUCUCUUGCGCCCACUGGAUCCAUCUCGAUGGCCUUUACCUGCUUCGACAGAAGCUUUUGCCAUCAGGAAUCAGAAGUUCUCUGAUCUUGUUGUCAAAUGCCUUAUCAAACUCACAAAGGUUCUUCAAAGCACAAUUUACGAGGUCGAUCUUGACCGCAUUCUUCAAAGCAUCCACAUAUACUUGCAGGAGCUGGGAAUGGAAGAAAUUAGGAAAAGGGCCGGAGCUGAUGAUAAGCCACUGCGUAUGGUGAAGACUGUUUUACACGAACUUGUUAAGCUCCGGGGGGCUGCAAUUAAGGGUCACCUCUCUAUGGUUCCUAUAGACAUGAAACCGCAACCAAUCAUUCUUGCAUACAUUGAUCUCAACCUUGAGACUUUAGCUGCUGCAAGAAUGUUGACCUCAACUGGACCCGUUGGCCAAACUCAUUGGGGUGAUUCUACAGCUAAUAACGCAUCAUCUGCAACACACUCAGCCGAUGCCCAGUUAAAGCAAGAACUUGCAGCCAUAUUCAAGAAAAUUGGUGAUAAGCAGACAUGCACCAUUGGUCUUUAUGAACUGUAUCGUAUUACUCAGCUGUAUCCCAAGGUUGAUAUUUUUUCUCAGCUUCAAAAUGCUAGCGAAGCAUUUCGAACGUACAUUAGAGAUGGUUUAGCUCAGGUUUGUGUUUGUCCCCAGAUGGAGAAGAAUGCUGCAGCUGGAAGGACUCCUUCUAUUACGCCAAUGUCUACUCCUCCUCCAUCGGCUCUCAUCAAUGUUUCCUCACCUGACUUUGCACCUCUGUCACCUGUUCAAACAAACUCCUUAGGCGGUGACGUAAAGUCGUUGCACGUGAGGCCUGAGCCGCCAACCAACUUCCAUCUACCGCCCGCAUAUGGUGAAGAUGGCCGAGGAGGUCUCAAUGUGCUUGCUUCAAGAAGCCGCGUCUCUGAAAAUGACCAAAGAAAUGAGAAAUUGAGUAAGCAAUCCUUCGUGGUGACCACUGGGACGCUGGAUGCUAUAAGGGAGAGGAUGAAGAGCAUGCAACUAGCUGCAACCGGCGGGAAUGUACCCGACUCUGGUGCUAAGCCAUUAAUGUCUAUGAAUGACAAUGUGAACAACAACAACAGCUUGGCUGCUGCUCAGGUCGCUCCUCGUGCAGCCGAACAUGUGGAUGCUGAGAAUCCUGCACAUGGCGGGAUCCAUCCAAUGGACGAGAAGGCGCUCUCGGGGCUCCAGGCCCGAAUGGAAAGAUUGAGAAGUGGAUCUUUUGAUCAGCUGUAGGUAAAGUAAUGAGAGUCAGUGCUGAGAAUGCAAAUGCGGUAAAGUAACAGAGGAGGUGGGAGCAUGUUUCAUGCGCACAGAUUUUCGCCCCCAUUGAUGCCUGAAGCCGGUGAAUCAUUUCUAGUGCGCUUUAGGUUACUUCUGCGACCUUCGCGUCAUUUUGUAUAUUGUAGAUUCUUAAUUUUUUUCCCUCGGGUAGAUAUGCAAUAUAUAUCAAAAUUCCUUUUUGAUUUUUGUUGGCAGAAACAGACGGUUUAGUGCAAUUAAUCGAUUUGUAACUAUAGUGUAACCAAAGGCAGAAAUCUAUAUAGCUUAUCUACGACCAACUACACUAGAAUGGCGUGAGGCCAAAUCCAUAGGCGUGGUCAAAGCUCGUCUUAUGAGUGGAUAUCCCUCUGCUUGGUCCAAAAUCCCUCAAAAGAGUUCAAGUUGUUUCUGUGGCACCUCUAACUCUUGUACUCACUUUGAUGAUCCAUCAGUCGGACGAUCUAGUGACACUACUUGUCCUCGAGCUCUAGUGUAGACUAGAGUGCUUGUUAUGCAGUUUCGGU